GCAUUUUUCAAUGGGAAGUUAAAGAUCAAAGGAAAUACUGGUCUGGCAAUGAAGUUGAAAGACCUAAAAAUGCCAGAGGGUGGAAUGAAAGCAGCACCAGCCAGUGGUAACUCAAAACCAGGGUCAGAGUUCAAAGUGGCGCCUGUGUUUGACCUAAUUAAGGCAGAAAUUGAAAAGGAUGGGGCCAAUAUUGUAAAGAAGAUGAAAGGAGUGUUUUGUUUCCGUGUGAAGAAUGCCCAGGGUAAGGAGGGUAUAUGGAUCGUUGAUGCCAAAAAUGGUACAGGCUCUGUGUCACAUGGUGGACCAGCUAAAGGAGAUGUAACUAUAGUAAUGAAUGAUGAAGAUAUGCUCAAUUUAAUGUCAGGAAAACUUAAUCCACAAAAUGCGUUUUUCCAAGGCAAGUUAAAGAUUCAAGGGAACAUGGGCCUAGCAAUGAAACUCAAGGAAAUUCAACCAAAAGGACAGUCAAAGUUAUGAUGUGCUGAUAUAACUGUGAUAAUAACAUUCUGAAUCAUGAUUACACUCUUCUGAAAUAUGAAAUUGUGACCAAAAUAAUCAAUCCAUGAUUUUUGUGCUUUCUGUUUGGACAUAUAAUAUCUGAUAACUUAAUUGAUCAGUGACUUAAACUCAAAAAUUCCCGAACUUAAUAGAUCAAUGAAUUAAUUUAAUUCUCAAAGUCAAGUCAAAGAUUGAAAGUGUCUUGAUAAUUGAAUGCUUAAUUGUCUGGUUUUCAAUUGCUCAUAGUUAUUGUAGUUUUGCUUGAUAAUUUAUGGAUUGCACAAACUAAACUGUUGAAAUUUAUAUUUGUGUAUAAAUACUUGAAACAAAGUAUUAUUUUAUAGGCUGAAAGAUUUUUAUUUCUUUGUUUGAUUAUAUUAUAUAUCAUGCAUCAAAUUUAAACAGAGAGAAAUUUAUAGUGCUAUUUAUAAUUUAUUAUUUUGAAGAUCAUGAAUAUUUAAAUUUUUGAAUCUUUAGUAAAACUGUUAGAAAGAAAUUAGCCUUUGCCACUAGAAAAGAGGCAGGCAAGUCUGCACAUACAUGCAGUCUGACCAGACUAUAUACUGUUGGUAGACUGAUUUUUUAUUUUUUUCAUCCUGUUUUCCCCAAAAUGUAUAAUGAACAGUUCCAAAAAUUGAAGCUGGACAAGUUCAUUUAAGAAAUACAACAGGGCCUAAGACAUUAUGUAUUGAUAUACAUUCAUAAUUCAGAAAUUGAUUAUACUUGCAGGUUAAUUGUAUCAGUUGAAAUUGAUUCUCAUAUUCAUCAAAUUGUUCAAUAUACAAACUCUUGAAUAGUUAAUACACUGAUUUAACAUUGAAAGUAUAAUUGAUCAAUAUAAGGAUGAAUUUGAAAACUGUUUGCUCGCAUGAAUAAAUGUAGAUGACCAGUAAGAUUCUUUUUAAGGGAUGGUGGGGGAAAAUGUACUUAAGAUUAAAUAAAUUUUUAUUUAUUUCUUAUGAUCUGCUCUAUUUAUUGUUACAUGUCCUUGAAAUAAGAUAUUGCUUGUUAUGGAUUUUGAAUAAAUAAUCACUGAGUCAAUAUGAUUUGCUUGAGAUCAUAUUUCUGAUCUAAAUUAUGAUACUGAUGCAUUAUUUAUUAGUGGGACUUGGUUCUAUUUUACAUAUUACAAAAUAGUUUUGAUUACGACAUGUUUAAUAUGCUAUUUUGUUGAAUUGACAUGCAUGUAUUUUCUAAUUUAUCAAUAUUUUUUUAAAUUCAGUUGCCUAAGAAUUGUGCUUGAUUUUUAAGAUGGUACAUUUAUAAAAUAAAUCGAGACACUGUUCAGCUGUUUGGAAUAAGACUGUCAGUCAAGAAAAUCAACAGAAUAUAUAAUAGGAUUUAAGUUACAAUGCCUUCAUAUUGUUGGGUAUAUGAGUACUUUGUAUCCGAAAGUUUAUAUACAUAUAUAUGCUUAUGAUUUAUAGAAAAUUUACAUAUUUCAAUUUACAUAUUUUUGCCUUCACAGACAUUUCAUAUAAAAACAAUUAAGUGAUUGCUUAAGAUAUAGAAAAAAUAAAAAAUAUAAUGA